GGUUUCUAGAUGUCGACCCUUUAUGAACCAGCGCUCUAGGGUUUUAAGCACACCCAAACCUUGGAGGCCGCAGCAGCGCAAGGCGAUCUCAUCAAAUUACUCAUCUCGAAAUGGCUUCAGUUUCUGGUGAUCUAGUUUGGGAGAUUGUCAAGAAAAACAAUGCUUUUCUGGUGAAGCAAUUUGGGAACAGCACUGCCAAGGUUCAGUUCAGCAAGGAAAAGAACAACCUUUACAAUGCUCACUCCUUCAAGCACUCCGGUUUGGCAAACAGGAAGACUGUUAGCAUUCAGCCAGCAGGUGAGGGGCUCGCUGUUGUAUUGGCGACGUCCAAGACGAAGAAGCAGAGAAAGCCUGCUAGCCUUUACCACAAGUCGGUGAUGAAGAAGGAAUUCCCGAAGAUGGCGAAGGCAGUCGUUAACCAGGUGACUGACAAUUACUACAGGCCGGACCUGACAAAGGCAGCCCUCGCGAGGCUCAGCGCGGUUCACAAGAGUCUCAAGGUUACCAAGUCUGGUGCAAAGAAGAGGAACAGACAGGCUGUUAAGAAUUAAGAUGCAAGUUUCUGAUGGGAUAGGGCCCUUGAUAGCCCCUUUUUGUUUCCUUAGCUUGAAGACUUGCUGUUUUUUUAUUGGUGUCGAGACUGUUUAUGUCAGUUCUAUUUAGCUUUUACUCUUAUUGGAGAUUUUCUUGUGUAAUUUGAGAUUUGUUGAAUAUUUUCAUGCCUCUGGAUGUUUUUAUAAAUACAUGCUUGGUAUCUAAAAGUAUUA